AGGAACAACUUUUACUGAAUAGGCGAAAGAGCAUUUCACAUAAGUAAGAAGAAACUUUGCUAGCAGAACAACAACAAACGUGAAAAUUAGAGCGUGAACUGGUCAGUCGCCACUCUACAUACAUCUGUACAUAUCUCGCGCUCGCCACAGAUUCAGUAGCCGCAAACGCUCAACUAAAUAAAUGCAAUGCGCGUGUAGCGUAAAUUAUUAUUAUGAUAAUAAAUUAAGCUUGCCAUUAAUUUAGAAGCAAAACGAAGAAGUAGAGAAGCAGAAGCAGAGAUAGCAAAGCAAAAGCACAACGCAAAGCAACGGACUAAAGUAGAAAAGAAUCGCAGCAGAAGUAGUGUAACUAGCAAACGCAGAGCGCAUACCAACUCAACGCAUUGUAGCAUGCAAAAACAAUAAUAAUAACAACAACAACUUUAGCACUAAAUUGUGAAUUGAAAAUAUAAUUAUAAUAAAAUGGAAGUAGCCACCACAAACAAUCAUCAUCACAAUCAUCAUCAUCUUGGACAUCAACUGCAUCAUCCAGCGCAUCGCUUGCCAAUGGCUAAGCAGUCGCAACCGCAGCAGCAGCAACAGCAGCUACAGCAACAACAAAACAAUCUUAGUCUCACAAUCACUACACCAGCCACAGCCACAGAUGAUGCGUCAGGCAAUGGCAAUGUUGGCAAGAGCAGUUCGCCACGUUCACCCUUUCAACGUGAGGUGCGUGAAUGGCAACGCAUCGAUCCAGAUACGGGCGCUUUGCUUAGCGGCCGUUUAGAGGCCGAUCGCUGGAUUAAUGGGCCGUUGAAUAGUUACGGAAAGAUAUCCGAUUCCCAAAACAUCUCACAGCCGAAUGGCACCCAACACACACAGCGCAAACAGCUCGAAGUGUUGCAGAAGCGCACGCCCAACGGUGCCGUUCAAGUCAUACGCGCCCAAACCGUACAAACCUCCUCAUCCCGCUCAUGGUCCUCGUCCAAUUCCAAUUCCGCCUCCACAUCUGCCUCAGCUUCCGCCUCGGCAUCGCCUAUUUGCAUGACAAGCAAUGGUGGUGUUGGUGGUGGCGUUAGCGGUGGCGGACGUAGCAUCUUACACAAUCACAAUCACACUCACAACAACAACCACAAUCAUUUUCAUAGCACAUUACAACAGCAUUUAGCUGAAGCAAAUACCCAUUGGCUGCAACUAUCGCCGCCAACCAUCGCCGCCACGGUGGACAUCAGCGAAGUGAGCACUGAUGAUGAUCUCGAAAAGGCAGCAGCUGCAAAUGCCACGACAACGACUGAGACAGCAUACAUUGUUGAUGAUGGCGAGACAGAUGACGAUGCGCCAUGCGAUUAUUCAAUUAGUCGUAGUGGCAGUGCAGGCGAUGCAGGCAGCAAAGGUCAGAUGGUGAGCAGUGUUGCGACGCUGCUGCCACAGCCUUUGUCGUCAUCGUCAUCGGCGUCGACAUUGCAUUCGCAGUCGUCAGCGCGACUCUUACCAGAUACGGCGCCAAGUUUGAAAUUGAGUAAUCUCAUGAAAAGCAGCAGCGGCGGCAGCAACAGCAGCAGCAACAACUCAGUAACAACAAUGAACACCCACAAGCGAGCCGUUGGUAAGGUGAGCCUACAUGCAAUUGUUGGCAGUGGCGGCGUUGACAACAACAGUAGAGCCACGAGAAGCGAAGCAAUAAAGUCACCAAAAAGCAACACAGCAACAACAAAGCAUAGUUCGAAUGGUGCAGUGACUGGUACAAAAACAUGGCAGCAGCAGCAGCAGCAGCCACAACGCAGCGCACGUCAUUUGGAACAAGCUACUCUAUAUGGCCAAAACAGCAAUUCAGCCAAAUCGCGCGUAGGCGUCGCUGAUUGUGAUGAUUGUUGUGCGGCUGUGACUGCUUUGGCUGACGACGCAGAUGAGUCGCAUAUGCCUUGCCACCAACACCAACACCACCGCCACAACCACCAUCACCACCACCACCAGCGUGAGCAACAAGCACAACAACAAACCCUACAAAGUGAACUGGUCGAAGCAACACCAACGCGUCGACGUGACUUGGAAAGUUUCCGGCAUUACGCGGGUUCUGCAGGCGCUGCGCGGCUAACGACGCAGCCAGCAGCAUCAGCGGCGAAUGACAACGCCAAAGACGAUGAUUUACGUUUGUCCACACGCCAGCUACGUCGCCAACAACAACCAUUCGGUGGUCAAUCGUCCAGCACAGCAUUGCUGCAACGUUCGCAUUCCAUCUCCACCGACGACCUCAGCAACGAGUGGGAGUCGAACGAAGCGGUCGCCGAGUCGAAUGAGUGGCGUCGUGUCAGCAAAUUGCGGCGCUCCUUUCAGUCAUCGUCCUCGCCGAACAAUACUUUCAAUACCAGCAGCGAUCAAACGAAGCAGCAAUCGCCAAGCACUGCACGGCGUGUGCCCUUCGAUUUGCCAGGCAGUUCGGUGAGUGUGUCACGCAUGCGCGCCGAACUGGAGAGUGGACGCCGUCUAACUACCGCUAUGCGCAAUAAUCACGUCGAUCUAGCGGCACUCGAGAGUAUACUUCACGGGCCCAAGGAGGUGGUAAAAAUCACAGGUAAUAGCAAACAUAGCACGCUGCUAACAGCCGAGUCACUGAAAGAGAUACGUGGUCGUUUAAAGAAACUAUCGGAUGAGUCAUUGUACAAGGACGAUUUCAUUGCAUAUCAACAACUGCCCGCUGCCGAUGAACAUAUUGAAGUGCAGCAGAGUGUGCGCCGAAAAUUAGCCACACCUCUAAUGCGUCAACUGACACCCGAAGGCUCACCAGAGAUCUCGACACCACCACCACCACUAGCACACCACCAGUCGGCCUUCAAAGCGGUAGGCACACAGCGCGCCUCACCAGAGAGCGGCACUUUAGCGCAGCACGCUGCUACGGGCAACCUCAAACAUCCCUCCAACAGUUUGGAGUCACGUCAAAAAGUCAAAGACACUAACUCGUCAGAGUGGCAUUCGCGUCGCAAAUCGUACGGUUUCGAAAAGAUGUCGCCACCCGAUAGCAAAUCCAUGUUACGCAUGGACGCUUCCACAGAUAGCGGACUGGGACGUUCGGGCGAGCUGGGCAACUGGUCGCCCACCGAAACAACACCAGCCGCUGCACGCGCCACAGUCAUACACUUUGGCGAGCCGGCCAAAACAGUCACACAGCCGCAUUAUCGUGCCGCAAAGUCGCCUGCACGCCGCACACCCGACGAGGACUUGCACAAACGGCAUUCGAUUGCAGUGGACGAGAGUCAAUAUGUGCGUGAGAAUUUACGAAAAACCUCACAGGUGCAUCUGAAUGGUUUCUACGAAUCGCCUGAGGUGCCCAACAUGCAAUUGAGCCGCUAUGAAGGUAAUGCCGAGUGCAAUCCAGGCACCACCACGGGCGCCAAUAUCAACUCUAUACUCUUUCAACGCACGCAGAAUGCGCAAAAACGUGUUGAGUUCUGCAAGACCGAGGUGCAUUUUGCAGCCGAAUCGGGGCGUGUAAAUAUUGUCGAAACGGAUGGUAAGCCACCACCGACAAACAAUUUCCGGCGUCGUCGGCGCACCACAAGUGGACCGCUGCAAAGUCUCACCAAGCCAGCAAGCGCCACUGCGGCAGCCACAACAGCGACAACAACAACAGCAACAACAAGUGCUAAUGUUACACAUUUCGGUGAUGAUCAUCAACGUCACCGCACGAUCGCCAGUUCAGUGGUGGCUUACAAAGCCACCUUGGUGGAACCACCAGGUGUCAGCGAUACAGCAGCAAUGCCAGCCAUCACAAAUGUGACGGUUUCAGUGCAGAAAGUGAGCGGUGACGCACAUGCGGAAGGCUCGCGCGGUAGUUAUGCUUCGACAACGAGUGGCAUCGAUACGACAGACAAUGAAAAUGACGAAAUUGCUGCUAUACGCGGCAUACUAAAAAAUAAGCCGAUCAAGCCGAAACCCUACCAUUUGGGUGAGAACAUCGAUAGUGCGGAUGCUUUGUGGGGCGUGCAGCUGAAGCCAGUAGCGGGCGGCGGUAACGGUGGCAUGAGUGUGCGUGAAAAAGACGACUCACCAACAACCGGUAUAAAUAAAUCCGUGGCGGAGCGUAUACGCAUCGUUGAGAAACGCCAUGAGCACUCGGCGCAAAAUGGUUACUCUACCAAAAUCAAUUUGAGUUUGGAGGAACCGGUGACGUCGACACGCGUCGAUUGGCCAAGCGCAGGUGCUUCCACGUUAAUGCCAAUCACUGACAGAAACCCCAAUCCCAAUGUCUCAAAUCGACGUCCAAGCGCACAAGAGCUCAUACUGCAAGAUCUGCGUGAACAUCAGCGUAUGCUCGACGAGGGGCUCAAGUCCACUUCGCUCAUCAUCAAAACAAUGCGCUCUGCAAAUGAAUUCGAUGAGGCUAUGCGACGUCUGAGCAUAGUCUCAUUGGAAUCGGCUACGGUACCACCCAUUGUUGUGCCCACGCCAAUGUUGCGCUCGAAUAGCUAUCAAGGCACUACGCGUCGUUAUUCCAAUACAUCUGUGGAAAGCUCAGAGCGCGAACUAACUACACACACUGUUGUUAAUACGAGCAGUACUGCGACAUUGAGUGCAACUACAACCAGUCGCAGACUAUCUUUUGAGAGCCAAAGUGCUUUUGUGACCCCACUGUGCCUACCACCGGCACCACUUGUGGCGCCGCGCUUAAAACUACUCGGUAGUACGGAUGUGUCUGUGAGUCAACAACUCUCACAAUUACGACGAAUGUACGAUAUUGCAGCCACGAUACAAUACCACGAUGAGGACGGCGCUGACAGCGCGGACGAAGAGGUGAAAAGCUACUUUUGUGCGCAAGAGAAUGAGCAAAGUGAUAGCGGUGGCGGUACGCUGGAGAGUUCGUCACAGGAGGAUGAGCGCGCCGUAGAAUACUCCAGCGGUAGUUGGAGUCGUAUGAAGGCACAACGGACUAUUUGGAAGAUAGAGGCCGAGGAGCGAAAGGGAGAAUCAACAGUGCUGGACAAAGCAGAUCUGCCCAAAUCCAACAUAAUGAGCAUCGAGCUCCACUCACCACAGAUUUCGCUGGAAAAACGCGAUUCUUUCAAACGUACGCAAUCGCCGCCAAGAGCUAAGCCCAGAACUACUACGAGUGCUGUCCAUUCAAGCGAACAUCCCCGAGUUCAUGUGGCCACUACAGUCAAACAAGCCAUCGCUGAGCGUAGCAUGCCAACCGAACAGCAACGUGAAGCGCUUAAGAUUGUGAAAGAGGCUCGCGGUGCACGUAAAUUGCGCGAACACGAGCUCUCUUACUUCGGCGUACCGAAUGCGCAUAACCACAAUGUUCACGAAUCGAAAACGAAACUUCUACCGAAUACCAGCACUAACAUUGUGAGCACAUCAAAGCGUUCACUACCGUCACGUCAACGUUUAACCAUAAGCGGUAACGAAGAUACGAAGUCGAUGCGUCGACACGAAGCAAAAAAUGUAGAAACAACGACAGCAACAAAUGAAUUAACAGCAGAAACGAAAGCACAAACGACCACUAAGUGGCAAUUAUUGAAUGAUAAGCCCGAUCUACUACGACACAGUCCAAUUGCUGUUGAACCACAAUUGAUACGACGUACAGGGGAAGUACAGCCACGUGAACGUAACAGUUCCGUGGAGCGCAGUAAACGUGUGCCCCCAAAAGAAUUGAGGUUACAUGAUGAACAUGAUGAUCAUGACGAGCGUGAUGCGGAUAUUGGCGAUGAUGUUGAUAUUGAUGAUGAUGAUGAUGAUGAGGAGGAGGAUCACUACUAUGAGAAUAUAACAAAUGAAAUUACACCUGUGUUCAAGGUGAAAUCACCACAACCAUACGAUCGUAAAACGGAUGUGGAACGUGACGCCUUCCUAUUGAGUGAGAUGAAUGAAAAUGCCGAUCUAACUAUGAAGGCCCUUUCCGAUGAGGCUGCUCAUAAAGACCGGCGACGACGACGCUCCUCGCUCCAUAGACGCGAAUCCAAGCCACUGGAAACCAUCGAUGAAAAGAUGGUCGCCCAUAAGGCGAACGACUCAUGCAUUGCAGUGAAAAUGUCACGUGGCACAUUUGCAUCCGAGGCGAAACGCAAUCCACGUCACACAACAACUUCCCCAAACGUACCCGAAACACACACACGAGUGCGUACCUCAUCACAAUCGUCAGUGGAAAGUUGUCCGCGUGCACGUUCACGUUCGUUGUCCAGCGAACGUGAAUAUGAGAAUAUACGCACACCAAAACCAACGCGUACCGCGGCAACAUCGUCCACGAAAACGCUACCAAAAGCCACUGGAAAGCAACAUCAUCGUUCCAGUUCACGCGAAUCGCAACGCUCAGCACGUUUACAGUAUUCGUCCGGAGAUGAAGUCCACGUACGUGAGGAACAUCGUGUACGUAUGAAGAGUAAACGUAGCGCCAAUUCUACGAAUGCAACACCGAGUCGUAGUGGUGACAGGCGCAGCAAGAAGGAGAGUGUUGGGGAUCAACGUCAGCAUCUACAUCACUCCUCAACUAGCAGGGACGUGGAAAGGCGUCGUGCGGCCAGCAGCACUACGCAUGCCUCUCAGCGAGAGGAACGCGCUGAGUGCGCGACUGUGCCGCAACAGCAGCGCACCACAAGUAGUGGUCGCAGUAGCAGUAGUAAACGCCGUCAAGAGCACACGUCGAACAACAACACCAGCGGUGGUAGCGCUGAGCGUCACACCAACUCACGUACCGCCUCGGAAACGAAGCCACGCAGCGUUAAUGCCGGUGUGCGUCUAUUGCGUUCGCUACGCGGGCGUACGGACGAUAAUGCAGCGCACAGCACACAGCAUCGCUCGUCUGCCAGCGAACGUGAAAAGGGCGAACGUGAGCGGGAGAGGGCGCAUGAGAAAGAAAGAGAGAAGGAUAAGCAAUCUAAAUCGCGCGGUCACUCAACCAGCAAAACCCAGCACCACAACAGUAGUGAACACCAUCGUAUUGGCUGCACUGCCAUACACCAUCUCCCCGCACAAAGCGGCACAAUGUCCAGCAAAACACGCGAACACAAAAAAUCAUCCCUGGCUGGAGUACAGAAGCAACACGAACAAGCCGCAACAACAACACAUAGUAAAAGCUCGCAAAUUAUAAAUGGCCGACACACUGGGCACACAGAUGGGCAUCACAAGUCAAGCGAUCCGCCGCAAAUGCGCUCACGACAACAACACCAACACGAAAGUUCAACGUCGGCGCACAGAAAGCGUAGUGAGCAUACGGCAAGAGAGCGAAAGUGAGGCGUUAAAAAAUGCGCUUCAUGCCGAACGUGAGCGAAUAUUCGUCAACAAGAAAUGAGGCAGAAAGUAUGGAGUUAUUUCGGAAAGUGUAUGAAAAGCAUAGCGUGCUUUUUAGGCUUGCCUGUACUUUGUAUUAAAUAUUUAUACGAUUUAUUUAAACGUACGAUAAAUUUAGCGAAUAAUAAAAGGAGAAUAUGGCAAAAGGGUACUCCAAAGCGUUUUGUGAGUCCCGAAAAUUUUGAAUAUUCAUAAAUGUUGAAAGAAUUGCUUUGUGAAUAUGGGGUUUGAGCUCCCACAAAUUUGUUUUCGAUUUUUUCCUUGUUUUUUUUUUGUAAUUUUUAACUACAUAAAAAUAUGCAACUUUGUCAAUGAGAAUGACUUGAACUAAUUUCAGUGUUAACUAAGCAUACUAAGACUUAAUAAAUAUUAUAUUUUCUGCGGUAGAAAAUAGUUCCUCUUGUCUGCCACGCCGUUAAAUGAUUAUAAAUUAAAAUAUGCAAAAAGCAUUUCAUUGAUUUUCUCUAAUAAAAUAUAUUCACACACACACACACACCUACAUGUUAACCUACUACAUACUAAUAUAUUUUUUUUUUAGAUUUUAAGCAAAAACGAGUAUUAAAAAAUUGUUGACUUUUUAAAAUUUUUACUAAUUCUUACUAAAACAAUUUUUUGUAACUCACUUCCUACAACGAAACUAAGCGCACAUUAAUUAUUAUAAGUUAUUUGAUAUUCCAUAACCACAAAUGAUACUCAUAUUUUUUUCUUUCUUUGGUUCUUUUUUUUUUUUGAUUUUUAGUAAUAUAAGUUUGCUGCGCGUCAACUCGCAUUGUUGCGUUACAUAUCUUUUAAUUCAUUUUGCAAUUGGUUCGCUUUUUUUUGUUUUGAAAGAUUACAAUAUUUUAAGCAUUGAAUUGUCUUCUUGGUAAUUAAUAAAUAUUUUUAAAUAUUGUGAGCUCAUAAUAAUGCAUACAAUUUAUCGUAAAUUAUGAAUAAACUUUGU